UCCACCAGGAAGUGACGUGAGGCUGCGUCAGACUGUUGAUGUUGUUGACUGGUCGACCGGAGACGGGAAGAAGGAGACGCGUUUUGUUUUUGUUCAAAAACCGUCGAAAAGGAGCCGCGCCGCCGCCUCUGGGUCCAGAUUGGGUUCGUUAAGAGUCUUAUCUCGGUGAAUAGCGCGUCUGGACCGGGCCGGAGGGCGAACACACCCCGACAUUUGAUCCAGAAAGGGAGGACUCGUCACCCUCUGACCCCCUCCCUGCCUCCCUCACACAUUCACCACCAUGACGAUUCUCCCCAAGAAGAAGCCCAGCUCCGGGGUCGGGGUAUCGGACCACGCCGAUGACAGUGACCGUCGCAGCGGCUCCGACCAGCACCAGCACCCGCAUCCGCACGCGGGGCGGACCGGAGCUCGGCCGAGGGCUUCGCCUCCGCCGUGGUCCUACCAGCCCGCUCCGCCCUCCGCCAGGGACGACAGGCGGAGCAUCGAAGCUAGCUCCCGUCCGCAGCAGGCCUCUCCGCCGCCCGUCGGCUCCGUGUCCCCCGUGGGGCCGGGAGACGGCCGGGACAGCAGCGGUGGGAUGGUGGCCGGGUCCCGUGGGGAGCUCGUCGUAUCGGGCGGCGUCGCCGGAUGCGGCGGAGGCAUCGGCAGCUGCUGCUCCGGGCCCGGACUGAGCAAGAGACGGCGGCAGGCAGGCACCUGCUCCGGCGGGGUGGUGGCGGCUCUGGCCGGCGGGGGCCAGCCCGGUGUAGCUGGACCGGGAGGAGUGGGGUCCAGCCAGGACACGGAGGAAGGAGCCGGGAACAACAGCGAAGACGAGUACGAGAACGCCGCCCGGCUGCAGUCUAUGGACCCGGCUACCGUGGAGCAGCAGGAGCACUGGUUUGAAAAAGGUCUGAGGGAGAAGAAAGGCUUUGUCAUCAAGAAGAUGAAGGAGGACGGAGCGUGUCUGUUCAGAGCCGUGGCCGAUCAGGUGUAUGGAGAUCAGGACAUGCAUGAAGUGGUCAGGAAACACUGUAUGGAUUACCUGAUGAAGAACGCAGACUAUUUCUCGAGCUACGUGACAGAGGAUUUCACCACAUACAUUAACAGGAAGAGGAAAAACAACUGCCACGGCAACCACAUUGAGAUGCAGGCCAUGGCCGAGAUGUAUAACAGACCGGUGGAGGUGUAUCAGUACAGCACAGAGCCAAUCAACACGUUCCACGGCAUCCACCAGAACAACGACGAGCCCAUCAGAGUGAGCUACCACCGCAAUAUUCACUACAACUCUGUGGUGAAUCCCAACAAGGCCACAAUUGGGGUCGGACUGGGACUGCCCGCCUUCAAACCAGGGUACGCAGACCAGUCUCUGAUGAAAUCGGCCAUCAAAACGUCGGAGGAGUCAUGGAUUGAGCAGCAGAUGUUGGAGGACAAGAAGAGAGCGACGGACUGGGAGGCUACAAACGAGGCCAUCGAGGAGCAGGUGGCCCGGGAGUCGUACCUGCAGUGGCUGCAGGACCAGGAAAAACAAGCCCGACAGCCUCGUAAGGCCAGCGCCACCUGCAGCUCGGCCACGGCAGCAGCUUCCAGCGGACUGGACGACUGGAGCGCCCGGUCGCCGCGGCAACGGGACUCUGACCCCUCCCACUCCGACCUCACGUCCAGCUCGUCGACCAACAACAAGCCGCCCUCUCCCGCUGGAGCCGCACUCAUCCUGAGCAAACCCCCGUCACCCUGCGCUCCAGGUAACACACACACACGUGCACAUCAUGUGGGUCAUGUACACGACCAAUCGGAAACAUCCAGGUUCUACUGUCCUAGGUACUUAUCUGUACUAAUAACUCUUUACUCUGCAGGUCCCAGUAAUCAGAGUCGUCAUCAUCUGGAGUACAGAGCCAUAAUGCAGGAGAUGUCGCCUACAGCGUUUGGUUUGACGGACUGGGAGGAUGAUGAGAUUCUGGCGUCGGUGCUGGCCGUCUCUCAGCAGGAGUACCUGGACAGCAUGAAACACCAGAGCGCCGCCAUGCAUCGAGAGAGGGAGCCGUCACCUGACAGCAGCUGAUAAACAACUGACACACAACAACACACAGACGCACACACCAACACAACCAUGACCUUUGCCCCCCCCCCUCGCCUCCACUAUCCCAGCCCCCUCUGCCCUCCCGGCUCUGACCCACUGAAGGAGAUCGACCAGGGAAAAAAUAAAACAUCAAACAAAUAAAUGCACACUUGUUUUUUUCUUUCAACUCAUCUGCUCAUCUCUUUCUCCAUUCUGUCGUCUCCUACUCCCUCCUUCCCUUGUUUCCUCCUCCCCUUUGUCCCAUAACACCCUGCUUCCAGCCAAUAGUGAUCCAACAUUUCCAAACAACCCACUCCACCCCCACUCUUUGUUUUCCAGAGGGAGCUCGGUCUUACUGCUGACUUCAGAUAAGUUCUGAUAUUUAAACAUCAUAUUUGGCAGCUUUCAACUUCACGUUAAACUUUUAUACUUUGUUUAGUUUUUCCGAAUUGUACUGAUUAUUCUGUCUGUAGCAGGAUAUUAGCUCUGGGCCGUUGGUCUCAAAUGAGGAAUGCUAAUCCGAAAUCAGAGCUGAAAUCGAACCACUCUACAGCUGUAGCAGUGUCCUCUCUGCUAAGCUAGCAUGUCGUGUAAGUUCCUUACGACAUCGCUGUUAGCCUAGUGGCUGAUGGCAACAAUUAAAACUUGAUUCUCACUCCUCUUUUAGCGCCAACUAGCAGCCAUUUUGUGUGAGGAAUGUGAAUCCUGCAAAUCAUGACUGAAAAAUCUGACCACUCCACAGGUACUGAGAUCUAUCACCUGAAGUCUUACUGUGUUUAUCGCUAGAUUUCUGUCAGAUCGCUAAUUAGCUGUGUCGCUGUUAGCUGUCAAUAACUUCAUCUUUUCCUGCUCAUUCUUCUCAUAGUUCCUGUUGGCCGACAUUAUGUAUGAGGAAUGCUAAUCAUCUUUCAAAAAAGCUUAAUGUUGUCCAAGGCUAAAGAAGCUUGCUCUUUAUAUUGCAACGCUAUUUCUGGUAUCACUGCCUAAAUGCUACGUUACAGUUAGCUUAGCGGCAUAUCGAUAUCAUUUUCAUGCAUCUCACAGCUCCCACCCAUUUUGUGAGAAAUGCUAAUCUUGCUAAUCAUAACUGACAAAGACAACUACAGACUCUGUAUCGGUGUACUGUAGGCUACAGUAGCAUGCUCUUGAGCAAGCUAGCUGUCGCCUGAAGUUUUACUACGUUUAGCGCCUUCUAAACUGGUUGUGCUGUUAAUUCUGAGGACUUACACAAAGUGGCCACCAGUGGGCGCUAUGGGAAGGGUGGGAAUUGGUGGGAAGCUUACAGCCACAGUUUUAGUGUUAUCAUUCGUUAACUAGUUCGUUAACUACUUUUAGCAUUUCCCACUCUUUCUCAGUCCUCUCGUUCUCGCAGCCAUUUUGAGCGAAAAGUGCUAAUUAGCGAGCAGGCUAUCACCUUGUGUCUUAUUAUAAUUUAAAGAUAGCUCCUGCUGAGGUUUGCAACCCCCCCCCCCCACCCCUAACAAGCUGUAUUUCAGUUAGCAACCGCUAAUAGCAAAGUCAUUUCCCCACCAUGUUCACAGCCGGCAGCCAUCUUGUUCGACCAACACACAUUUACUUUCCAUCGCUGUCUGAGAAACACAACGGUCUGUAACACCUCCUCCCCCUCUCUCUCCUCCAUUAUGUCUUCCUCUCUCCAUCAUCAUCAUCAUCAUCGGACUUAUUUAGCUGCAUGUUUAAUUGACCACGACCAAUAUCAUCAUAGAGAAAAGGCGACAAAUAAAAAAGGAGAGAAAAAAAAUAGAGAAUUGUCAUACUUAUCCCCUUAAUGAUUAUUAUUGUUGUUAUUAUUAAUAAUAUAAGUUGUUUUAUUUUAUUUUCUCAUUUGGGAUGAAAUACCUUUUUUUUUCUUGGAAUAAAAAGAGGAAAAUGUUUCUGAA